AUGAAUGCGUUUGUGUUAUUCUCACCACAGUAUGGUACAAAUAGAACAACAAUUUUUUUGCAAGAUGGUUGUCCAUCUCGUUCAAGUUCUAUCGUUGGGACAGAAUCUGGACGACGUUAUGUGCUUCCAUUAGAUAGUAUCAGAAGGCUGGAUUGUGCUGUAAUGAUCAAAAUUGCCUCAACUGUCAUUUCCCUUGGAAAGCCAUUUGUGGAUUUGGUGGCAGUAGCAGAUGUUUCAAUAUUAUCUGACAUUCGUCAACCUCUUUGUGUCACAGCACAACUGACACUAUCAACAUCAGUGACAGUCCCUGUAUCAUGCAUUUUAUCUCCGUUCGAUUCUGCUCGCCAGUCGUGCCUUCUGCGAAUCAUUGUACCUUAUUCAUGGUUCCCACUUAACAACGGUGAUAAACAGAUCGUCACACUUCUGUAUUCCACUAAUAAAGAAUGUGGUGCUCUGCACGCUGAACUGUACCGCACAAAAAUAACACUGCUAUCGCCUUCUCCGAAUUAUAGAUCAUUUGAUCUUGACAAACAAUUCCCUACGUUGCAUUUGCAGCUUCUGUCACCAACGAAUUUCACCUUUGCAACAAGUUCACUUACAACUUUAUUGUUGCAUUUCGAUUACUACGGUAACAAUGAAACUCGCUUUUCUUCCAUACAAAUUAGGAUUUGGCUAAACAAUUAUUUGAAACUGCUAAGCGUUACUUCAGCAGAUCCAAGACUAUGGACAAUACAAGUGGAAAAUUCUGCUCAUCCUGAUGCUUAUAUGACCUUCACUUGUCAAUAUCAUUCCUCCUUAUCCUUAGAUGGUAAUUUAGAGAGAUACAGUGGGUAUAUAAUGAUGAUGUUAAUCAAAGUAAAAGGCUCAACAGGAACAAAAUCUGAAACACAGUCGAAAGCUAUCGACAGUAAUUUGAUCAGAGUUCACUGGGAAGUGCAAUAUUUUGUCUCUGAAAAUUCCACUUACACGGGUAAAACGACAACAAAGACAGUAGCAACACAAUUCCGCAUAUUUUCGGAUUUCGUAUAUGCUUUAUUGCCAAUGAUCAAAGGAGAAAAUUUGAUCAAUACAGCGGUGCUGUCGGGAAAGCAAUCUGCACUGCCAAUGAGAAUAUUUUCCGUUACGGAAGGUGGAAGUCUAAAUGACGUAACUAGCAGUUCAUAUUGUUUGAGUGCUGAAUCACGAGUUUUAAAGGCUUCACCAACGUGUAGUUUCAUCUACGUUGACGGAUCAGAAUUACGCGGUAUGAGUAAAGUUAAAGUGUACGUCCAUUUUCAAACACUAGCCACUUCAAUCGAAGUUACAGUUUGGUAUCCACGACUUCCAAUAACUGUGUGGAUAUCAGAUCCUGUGCUGAAUGCCAUCAAAGAUUGGCAAAUAGCAGUAUGGAAGUGGCUUCCUAGCAAACGUAAAAGGGAAGCCCGACAGUUUGGUUGUAUCAAUAAGUACCAGCAAGCUGAGAUUCGCAUCCUUGCAAGUUAUUAUGUGGGUGAUAAAGAAACUGGAGAACGAAUCUAUCUAUCUGGUGAUCGGGAUAUUUUAUUCGAUGUGACAUCACUUACGAUGAAUCAUGUGCACAGUUCAAAUAUUGGUGUCGCUAUUGUAUUACCUCGACAAGAUCGUAUUUUUGUUGUAGCUCAUCGUCCCGGUUCGGCCAGAAUAACGGUUCGCUCAAAUACUCCCAGUAUAGAUUAUGGCAGUACUCCAAUCGUGGUCACGGAAGAUGCUGUCUCCGUACGACGACUUGCAGUAGAAGGAGUUGCUGAUAUUGCUUUGGAUAUUGAGCAAUUCCCUAGAAGAGCUCACGAAUAUGUCAUUUCAACAUUUGUUCAAAAUACUUUGACCUAUAAGUAUCAGCAUGCCACUCUGGUGUGUCGAUUAUAUUUCUCGGACGAACAGAUGCUUGAAUUAACCGAUAUUCCAUCAGAACAUUACGUAUUGAGAGGAUGGAGUUCGGAUGAACAAGCCGUUGUAUUGAAUCAUGGGCUAAAUAGCCAUAACAUCGAACUAAUCGUUCUACAGAAUGUCAAGAAUGUGCUAAUCUCAGUUAGCUUGCAUGGUCCAGCCCAAUGCAGUGAACCAGACUCAAAAGCUAUCGUUCAAGUCGAAUAUCCCGUACAAAUCGAAUUCAAUGAAAGGAAGCUUAUAAGCACAUCGUCUAUUACUAAUUAUAACAGUAGCACGAGAAUGAAGUCAAUCACAAAUUCUGGCAGUUGGAAUUCGGAGGUGUUGCUGGGGUUAAUCAUUUUUUUGGCAGCAAUAAUAGGUGUUGUGCAUGCGAUAGGUUCAAAGGCCAAACAACCAUUCAAUGAAGGUUAUGAAAAAUUAGUACUGCCAAUCCUUACUCGAUUAAGUUCAUCAAGCUCAUGUGGAAAGGAUGAAAAUUCACAGGAAUGGAUAUGGCUAUCGAAAGCACAAAUUGAUAGUGCCAGUAUGAACAGCAGGUAUUCACAGAAAUCAACUAUGGAUGUUGCUGAUAACAUAUCAAAUGUAAGUACUGGCAGUAUCCAGCGUAGCAUAUCAUAUCGUGGGUCGGAAAUCAGUGUUUUUAUAUCACCACAACCUGCUGUGGCUAUCAAUUUUGAUUCAUUGGGAAGACACACAAUGAGUUGGCGUGAUAGAUCGAAACCCAACUUAACAAGAAAUGCGAUUGUUGAUAGCAGUUCUUCAGAACAUAAUCUUUCUAGUUAUACGCACUCAUACGUAAAUUCGAAUGGGUAUAAUUUUAUUCCUGUCGUCCUUGAUGGUAACGAAAAAAGUCCGUGGAGCAGAGAAGAAACCAUUGCAUCAAAACCCAAACAGGUGUGCUGGCAACAUAUCGACCGUGAUUUUAGCUUUGAUUCCAUGCCUGAUAUGGAUGGAGUCCGAGAAACAGUCACCUAA